GGGCCCGAGCAGCAGCCGCGGGGCUCCCCGGAGGCGCCGGCCGCCCAGGACGCGUCCAGAACAGGCUGUGGAGAUAUUAUUGCAGACCCAGAGGAGGGGCCAGGGCCCAGUUGUGACAAGACGGCCCCGGGAGCAGGCAAGCCAGCCCUCUCUAAAAAGAACGCCGGCCUGCUGGCCUACCAAGGAGGCGGCGAAGAGAUGGCCAGCCCAGACGAGGUGGACAACACCUACCUCCAGGAAUUCUGGGACAUGCUCUCCCAGACGGAGGAGCCAGCACGAGGUCCCCACGAGGUGACCGCGAAGGGCCCCGGGGCAGCGGAGGCCAAGGGACUUCCGGAGGCCACCCGCGAGGCCAGGAGGGUGGAGGCGGCCAAGGAGGUGUCCUUGAUCAAGCGCAGGCGGCUCCACCGGAUCCCCAUAGAGCCCCAGCCCAAGGAGGUCGCCCAGCCGCCGGAGAAGGAGCCGCAGGAGGCCGUGCCCAACAGCGACGAGGGCUACUGGGACUCCACCACGCCAGGCCCGGAGGAGGACAGUACCGCGGGGGGCAGCGGCAAGAAGGCCGGCCUGCCCCGGGACAGCUACAGUGGGGACGCCCUCUACGACCUGGACGCCGAGCCCGACGACAGCCCCCCGGUCCCUCCCGCCCACGAAGGCACGCCCUGCCCGUCCCGGUUAAAGCCGGUGUCCCCGGUCACCAUCACAUGCCCCUUGCGAACGCCAGGCAGUUUGCUGAAGGACUCCAAAAUCCCCAUUAGCAUCAAGCACCUCUCCAACCCCCACUCCAGCCACCCGGCCGGCCACCAGCAGCCCACGCGCAGUGAGACGCCUCGAACGAAAAUCCCCGUGUCCAAAGUCCUGGUUCGCAGGGUCAGCAACCGGGCCUUGGCUGGGACCACUCUGCGGCCGGCGGCGGGCCAUGAGGGGGCCAAAAAGGUGUGA